GGAUUUGUUUUCAAAAAAAUAAUUGGAUUUUUCAUCAAAAUGUUUCAACAACAACAACAACCAAAUGUUGAAAAUUGGAAUUGGCAAUCUAAUGUUCGUAUGGAAUGGUUUAGUCAAUGGAUGGAUGGGGAAGGUCAAAAUCGUUUCAGAGUUGUUGUUAAUGGUUCUGGAUAUUGUAUUCUUCACUGUGCCGCCAGGGACGAGGAAGGCAUCUACAUUUGCGGCCGUAGGCUUAGAGCCGAAUUUACGGGAAAUACUAUUGACUUAUACAAUAAUGGUAUUCCGCAUGAUGUUUUUCACCCUGCCCACUGGUGACUAUCGAAGUGACUAGUGGGUGGGGUGUUAAGUGCCGCCAUUAUUGGCUAGGGGAUGGGGCGGAUUAUUCAAAUUUACCUUAAGUAUUGGGAAAAUCAUUUUUCUGUUUUUUUCUUUUUUCGAUUAACUUUUGCCCCUCCCCAAACGGAACAUUUUUAAAACUGUUACGUGUAUUUUUGUUUUCUUUUGAAUCUCUUCAUUUUCGGCCCUCAGUUCUGUCUUUGAUUUUUUGGUUUUGGUCUUUGUCUUUUUCCUCGGUCUCGGGUUCCGGGUAUUGGUUAUGGCGGCACUUUAUACAGUCGGAUCUCACAUUUAUAUACCCCCAGAAUUAUAAAUCCUCAAUUUUAUAUUUUUGGUUAAUCGGCGGAAAGAACUGCUUAAGCGAUACCUUUUUAUAUAUGUACAGGGGAUGGGAUGGGUUGAGAAGUUGGGUGGUUUUCAAAAUUUUCUUCCGUUCGGAUUUCGGGUUGACAAAAAAUUUCGGGUCGUUUGGGGUUUUCAGCUUUAAGGAGUAUAUAAAUGUGAGAUCUGAUUGUGUAUUCUUUGGCUUAUUAUUUAUUUUUUGGUUUAUUUAAUAUUGUCUGCUUUAUUUUUUUGGUUUAUUUUUUUGUUUUUUUGAAUUCAACCCUCUAUUAACGUACUUUUAAUUGAGUUGAAUGAUAUUUCUUUGUCAUAAUAAUUCUUUUUACGUCCUAUUUUGUUUUUACGGUUUUUUUUCAUUUUCUUCUGAUGCUCGUUUUAACAACGAUAUUGAUGGGAUUAGAGUAUUUACUAGACGGUCUACUUCUUUACUUUCACCAAUCCAAGAUGCAUCAAAAUCUGUCCUAGGGUUGGGAAGUAAUGAACCUGGAGCUUUACUUUAUGGAUCUGCUGUAAAAUUGGAACAAAAAAGUCAUUCAUCUUAUGAAUUUAUUCGUUCAAUAAAUCCAGAGGAUAUGAAUAUAGCUGUAGAUCAAUGUUUAUCAGUUGCUGCACACCAUUUUGACUCAAAAUUACAAAAACAACUUUUAAAGGCAGCUUCAAUAGGAAUGCGUAGAUGUCAAAGACCUUAUGAUGCUGAUAAAUUUGUUCGUAUUUGUCGUCUUCUUCGUGUUUUAAAUGCUCUUCGACUUAUGGGAAUUCCUUUAACAUUUACUCAAUUAGAAGAACUUUCCCCAGCUUCAAUUGUUGAUCGUUUAGUUGUUUUGGGUCAUUGGCCUAUGGCUGUAAAGCUUUGUGAAUUUUUGGAAAUUAAUUCAAAAGAAGGUGUUUACAAAGUUAUUGCACAUUGGUGUUUGGCUAUGAUGACUACUUUUAAAGAACAAAAUAGAGAUUCUGAAAGUGCCAAUGCUCAUAAAAUCGCAGAACUUGCACAACGUUUAAUUUCCCGUUUGCGCCAAUAUCCGGCCAUUAGCUAUGCGGACGUUGCUGAAAUGGCCUCCCGCCAAGGAUUGCCAGCAUUAGCUGAAAUUUUACUUGAUUUGGAGACAAAUGUAAGCAGACAAGUGACUGCAAUGCUAAAAUUAAAACAAUUGGAGAAGGCGUUACAAAGGGCGGGACAAAGUCAGCAACCUGAUUUGAUGCAUCUUGUUUUGAGGCAUUUACGAAGCAAUAUGAGUGGAUUGGAAAGCGAGAUUCGAGAUGAAGCCCCAGACCGUUUAUUAGCUUUAUACGAACAAAGUGAUGAUUUUAUUCGGCAAGCACUUUUAUAUCUAAACAAAGCAGAACAAUCUAGUGCCGAUGUUUUUGAUUCUUCCAAAACAACAGAAUUUUUGUUUAAAGCUGAAAAAGCUUUGAAAAAUAUGAAAGAAACACAAACAGCUCAAUUAAUUGGUGAAAAUGCUCAAUUAAUUAUAGAAAAUGUUAAAAGGGAGGAAAAGUUUGGUACUUCAUUAUCACAUUUAUCUGUUCGGAACACUUUUAUUUGGGCUGUUGAACACGACGAACUUGCAAUAAUGGAUCAAUUAAGAAAACAACACAGACUUGUUGAUAAACAAGUUUUCCUUUGGACAAUUGAAGGAUUUGCUCGUGCCGGUAAAUGGCAACAAUUGGAACAAUAUGCACGGUCAAGAAAGAGCCCAAUAGGAUUUUUGGUUAUGUGUUGGUAUUAUUCACUCUCUCGCUUUUUGUCUAACCAUUAUUCGGAAAAGAGGGAUUCCCUUAUUUUACGAUAAGGUUAAAAUUCAGGGUUGUGUCGUAAGUGAUUUUAAAAAAGCGAAAAACAAAAGUCCAAAAAGGUGAACUUCGGCGGAAGGCGAAAAAUGAAUGGUGAAACUGGCACCCGCGCUAAUGACCUACGCUUUGCCAUUAAGUUUGUUGGCAAAACGUGGGUUUAUAGACUUAUUGGUAGGUAUUUGGGAGGUAUUUGGUAGGUAGGUGAAGCCUUAUUGAUAGGUAGCAAAACGUGGUUUAUAGCCUUAUUUGGUAGGUAUUUGGUAGGGGGGCAUUGAAUGUAAUUUU